UUUGUUUUGUUUUUUUUACAGCGAAAUUAACUUUAAAAUAAAGCAAAGAAAAAGAGGGCGAUGGAGAAGGGAAAGAAACGGAAUUGAGAAUCGUGGCUGACCUCCGCAUGUGAUUUCCAUGGACGCACCUCGUAAGCAGCAGGUGUCGCUGAGAGGAGCAAGUGCGAAGGAGAUAACGCGAGACGCUCUUCUUCAGAAGGUCUCUCAGGAAAGAGAACUUCGCAAUUAUGCAAAACGAGCUGCUGCUGCUGCUCUCUUCAUUCAGAGAGUGUGGAGGCGCUUCAAGGUCACAAAGGCAGUUUCUCUACAACUUCAGCAAGAGUGGGAGAUGGCAGUGAGUCAUUAUACAGGUGUAAUGACAGCAGAUUGGAUUUCAAACAAUUUGUUGAGACCAUUUCUGUUCUUUAUUACCCUUAUCUCCACUCAGCCUCCGAAGGUCCACUUCAAGAGAAUAGAUUCUAUGAAACUGUGCUUUACCGUCGUACUGGAAAGCCUGAAAUCUUCUGAUUCAAAGCUGAACUUUUGCUUUUUGGCAAUUGGUACAACUGAAGAAAGAAGAAUAUGGAGAUACCAGGCACGCAAGCUGACUUUUCUUAGUUUUGUUAUUCUUUCAGAGUUCAGUAAACGCCCUUCCGGGGCCCAAGAUAUUCCUGUUGUUACAUCUCUCGCUAUGCGUAUUCUUGUAAUGUUAACUGAUCUGAAAGGAUGGAAAGGAAUAACAAAUGACAACCACUUUGAUGCAGAUUUAGCAGUGAAAGAUUUAAUUCAGUUCAUGGGCAGUGAUAAAAGUGGUUGUUAUGUGUCUAUUGGCAGAUAUAUUAGUGCAUUAGAAAAUCCUUCUUCCCAGUCAAAGACCAUCACCCAGGCAGAUGAAAUUUUUUUCAUUACUGCAAGUGUAAUAACUUUAGCUGUACGGCCAUUUUAUCUGAUAAACUAUGAUGCAGAAGUGCCUCAUACGCUGGAUUUCAACUAUGCUGCUGAGCAGUAUAUUCUUUAUCUGCUGACUAUACCUUGGCUAGUGCAACAUCUCCCCCUUGUUCUUCUACCAGCUUUAAAGCACAAAUCUAUUUUGUUUCCAUGCUUCCAGACUCUAUUGAUUUUGAAAGAGAAAGUUUUGAUGGAGAUGUCAGAGUUCGUCAAAUCAGAGAUUGCUGUCUCUUUCAAGGCUAUUCCACCAGUUGGUUGGGCCCUUGCUAACAUUAUCUGCUUAGCAACAGUGAAUGAGAAUGAAUCCUUCAAUCAAGGUUUAGACCACGGAUUGUAUGUCCAUGUUGUUAUUACUCUAUCAGAAGCUCUGCUGUCUUGUCUUGAUAAUAUUGGAUGGGUCAAAAAGAAAAAGAAAGUCCUUCAAAAUGACGAAAGUUCAACACACCCAGUUGAUGCAGUUCAGCAUGAGGGUGAAGCGACCAAUGAAUCCUUAAUAUUGUCAUACAUGGAUCAAUUUAGGCCUGUUUGUCAGCAGUGGCAUCUUAAAAUUCUUUUGGCAUCAAUUAAUAGAGAUUCCAUAAACAAGGCUGAGACUGUGCCAUCAAGUAGCCUGGAAUGUCUGGGAAAUCUAGAAUUGUGUGAUGUUGCUCUUUUUUAUUCUAAUGUACUUAGAAUAUUUUCAGUCUUGAGUCCAAUUCGUGGCUCAUUAUCAGUUCUCAACAUGCUAUCAUUCACUCCUGAAUUUCUUGUGAGAUUGUGGAGUGUACUGGAGAGUUCCUUUUUUUCAGGAGACAAACAUAAUUUUGAUAAUUACAUAAGUGAAAACAGCAAACAUAAAGCCUUUGAGAAGAUGCAAAAACAAGUCAGUAAAGAUGGGCCUAAUAAGUGGGUCAAUGUACUUCAUAAAUUUGCAGGUAGGUCACGAGCAGCAACAGAUUGCACUGACUUUAAUAGCAGUCACACUGAGCCUAGCAGACCAAAUGACGAUUCAUCAGAUAUAUGGGACAUAGAACCUAUGAGGAAUGGGCCGCAAGGCAUUCCAAAGGAUAUGUUUGCUAUGCUUCAUCUUUUUUGUGCGACCUAUUCUCACCUGCUUUUAGUUCUUGAUGACAUAGAGUUCUAUGAGAAACAGGUUCCAUUCCAAAUAGAGCAGCAAAGAAAAAUUGCAUCUAUGCUCAAUACAUUGGUUUAUAAUGGCUUGUCCCAUGUUGGUGGUCAUCAUAAUAAGUCCCUAAUGGAUUGUGCUAUCAGAUGCUUACAUUUACUGUAUGAAAGGGAUUGCAGGCACCCAUUUUGUCCUCCUGCUUUGUGGCUUUCUCCUGCUAGAAAAAGUCGGCCACCAAUUGCUGUAGCUGCCAGAACUCAUGAAGUUUUAGCAGCCAACCUGAUACAUGAUGAUUAUUCAUCAGCUUCACUGAGUGUUGGUUCUGUUGUCACUAUUGUUCCUCACGUUUUCCCUUUUGAGGAGAGAGUUGAGAUAUUUCGUGAAUUCAUCAAGAUGGAUAAAGCAUCUCGAAAAAUGGCCGGUGAAAUUUCUGAACCUGGUUCACGAGCCAUUGAGAUAGUAAUACGUCGGGGUCAUAUUGUUGAAGAUGGAUUUCGGCAAUUAAAUUCCCUUGGGUCAAGGUUGAAGUCAUCCAUCCAUGUAUCAUUUGUUAGUGAAUGUGGUCUUCUUGAGGCUGGCCUAGACUAUGGUGGGUUAUCUAAAGAGUUUCUGACUGACUUAUCAAAAGCAGCAUUUGCUCCUGAAUAUGGACUGUUUUCCCAAACCUCAACUUCAGACAGGCUUCUAAUUCCAACUGCUUCUGCCAGAUAUUUGGAGAAUGGUCUUCAGAUGAUUGAAUUCCUUGGACGAGUAGUCGGGAAAGCUCUAUAUGAAGGAAUAUUACUUGAUUACUCUUUCUCCCAUGUUUUUGUACAAAAGCUUUUGGGACGAUAUAGUUUUCUUGAUGAAUUAUCAACACUUGAUCCAGAGCUAUACAGGAAUCUUAUGUAUGUCAAGAAUUAUGACGGUGAUGUCACGGAGCUCUGUCUUGAUUUCACAGUUACUGAAGAAUCAUUGGGCAAAAGGUAUGUGGUUGAACUUAAGUCUGGUGGCAAAGAUAUUUCUGUAACGAACGAGAACAAGAUGCAAUACAUGCAUGCAAUGGCAGACUACAAACUCAACCAACAGAUGUUGCCCUUUUCAAAUGCGUUUUAUAGAGGGUUAACUGAUCUUAUAUCUCCAUCCUGGUUGAAGUUAUUCAAUGCUAGUGAGUUUAAUCAGUUGCUUUCAGGUGGCAAUUAUGAUAUUGAUGUUGAUGAUUUGAAAAAUAACACUCGAUAUACUGGUGGUUACAAUGAGGGAAGCCGGACAAUCAAGAUAUUUUGGGAGGUAAUUAAAGGAUUUGAACCUCAAGAGCGUUGUAUGCUUCUUAAAUUUGUCACCAGUUGUUCUCGUGCUCCAUUACUUGGGUUCAAAUACUUGCAGCCACCACUAACCAUCCACAAGGUUGCUUGUGAUGUUCCUCUUUGGGCAACAAUUGGAGGACAGGAUGUAGAUCGGCUUCCAUCAGCUUCAACCUGCUACAAUACGCUUAAGCUUCCGACAUACAAACGUCCAGGAACCUUGAGAGCAAAGCUUCUAUAUGCUAUAAGUUCAAAUGCCGGAUUUGAACUUUCUUGAUUUGCUUCAGGUGUUUAAUUCAUAUUCAAGGAAUUUGAGAGCUCUCAAUUGAAUAUUUGUUCAUGCGACUUUUUGUGUCCUUUUUCUGGCACAUGCCAUUGUUGGUGAACUGGUGAUCACAUCCCAAAGAUGUUAGUAUAUAUCAAUUACCAAAGAUGCUGUUUCAGUUUAUGCUAAAGAAAAAGGCAUCCUGAUUUGGUCUGGAAAGAAAUUGGUUGCUUCCAGAGACUUAAUAAUGACUGCGGGCAACACAGCCAGUUGGUGCAGAUGUUACUCCAAUCUUCCAUUAUCCCCGUGCAAGGAGUUUCUUGUAUGCUCAUGUUGGAAACCCUGUUAUUAGAUUUAUUUGAAUCAGAUGUUAAAGUGAGAAUAAUGAUAAUCAUGCAAUUGAAGUAUAUAGUUUUAAGUUUUUUA